GCAUACCGACCUGAAUCAUCUUGGGAUGUCAGGGACCCCGAAGCGCCGGUGAUUGCGAUAACGGUACUUGAUAAAUGCUUAAAAUUUUAUGAAAUAUAAGUGUAAAAUUUGUCUAGAAUGUUACUGACGCCGUAAUUUAACCCUUAAUUUCGAUUUAACACAAGUAGUGAACAGUGUUUUUCUAUAAUUGGUACAAAGUACAUAAUAUUCAAGUGCUACAUACAAAUUUACACGCCACGUGACUGCAUGGUUUUUAUACAGUGUGGAAUACAUAGGUUAAGGAUCAGACACUUUAACCGGUUGGCGGGAGAUGAACUUUGCCCUUAAUUAUUACAUUUUCUUCACAUAAAAAAUGGAAUUUGACUUGUCGUUUAAUUUCCUAUGCAUAUUUUCUAUUAUUUUGUUAAUAUUUGUCACAAUUAUCACCGUUGUUCAGAAACUAAAAUGGCCUGUAAAAGUAAACUGCUGGUUUUGUAAUAAUAAUACUAAGAUUUGGCGGCAACAGCUUAACUGGUGGAUGUGUCCGCAUUGUGAACAGUAUAAUGGUUUUUCCAAGAAUGGUGAUUACACGUAUAAUAUACCAGAACAAUAUAAGACUUCAGAUGAAAUCAAAAGAUACUGUACAGUCAACCAGGAUACAUCAAUCAAGAAAGUUGCAAAGAAUGAUCUAUGUACACAGUGUAACAUUAAUGAAAGCUUAAAAUUAGCUAAAUUGUACUACAUACCUAAGAGUGAAAGAAAUUAUGAACAUGAGAUAAAACAGUACAGAAAUAUUUUAGAGCAGCAAUAUCCAUUGUGUGCAAAGUGCAAAACUAUAGUACAUAGGGUAUUAAGUAAACAAGCAUUAUGGCUUGCUCAAUAUAAAAUGUUAUUCUUUAAAAAGAAACCUUUUAAUAUAAUUGUUAAUGGUACAAAAUAUUCUGAACCAAUAUGUAGAACAAUCUCAACAAUAUUAGGCUCUAUGGUGGCAUAUGAUAUGGAUUUUGUAUAUUUGCCAAUUGGAGGAUUACUUUUUCAAUUCUGUGCCUGUUGGUCAGCUUCUUCGAGAAAACAUAAUUCUGAUAUAUUGCUCAUGUUUUUAUGGAUAUGUACGAUUGUACUUUUACCUUUUAAAGAUGCAAAGUUGAUUAAAACAGAUUUACAGAAUGCGUGGUUUUCUCUUGAAUAUAUAACACAUUAUCAUAUGAUAAUGUUAUUUGUCUUGGUUAUAGGCUAUAUCAACAUUAAGCCUAAAUCCUAUAAAAGUACAUUGAAUAAAAAUAUGUCAUUCAAAAAAAUUGAAUCAUCCACGAAAGAUACAGUGUUCUCUGAUUUAUAUACAAAGACUUUAAAUGAAAAGCACAAUUUUAAUUCUGAAGUUACCGAUGAUUUAAAUAAAACAGUUACUAACCAAUUGUUCUCACCACCAAAUACAAUGAAACACCAUAUGGCUCUUUAUACCGAAAAGCCAGUGAAUUCAAAAUCGGCACUUUUUCAAACUCCAUUUAAAAAUCACGAAUCAGAGUUACCGCAAUCGUCUAUUAAGGAUAGUAAUAUGAAAUUUAAUUCUACUCCUUUAAAUAAAAAGAAUGUGAUAGACAAUUUCGCAUUGAAUGAUAGUUUGGAUACAUUAAGUAUGUUGUCGUUAAGCGAAAAGAAACCUAAAUAUGUAAUUAAAGCACCCAAGAUUUUUGAAAAGAAAGUGUAUGGUACAAGCAGUCUUGACCUUUUCAAAAAGUCUGGCAAAAGGCACAUUUUAUCGCCACCGAAAUUAAAAACGGUUACGCAAACAUCGUGGGUAGCUGGUGGUUAUUGGCAAGAGGACAUUGAUGUACCAUCAUUAUCUAGAUCAUCCAGUCAAAGCUCUGGAUUUGGUUCUACGUGUUCUAAUUUUGCUCCAUCCAGAGAACCAUCCGUACAUGAAUUUGAUCAAUGUUCGGUUAUGUCAGAUGUAACACAAUCUUAUUAUACUUCGAGACAAAGUACUAUUCAUCCUGUUGGAUCAUUCAAUCAACAGAACGCAUACUUAUUUUCAGAGCCAAGAAAUUCAGUUAGUAACCAAACAAUGAAAGGGGCAUCGCCUAAUUUUUAUGCGCCACAGCCGUUCGUACUGCCUGAGGCUUACAGAAAAAGUAAUUCAGUUUAUCUUGAUCAGUCUUUACAAGGACAAAACAUGAAUGUAAGUGAUAUUAAAAAUCCUUCUGAAAUUCAAAUGUUUCCUAGUCAUACCACUAUUGUAACAAGUCCUGUUUGGUUACCAGCUCUUUUAUGUGGUUCACUUGUAUUAAAUAUAGUAGUAUUGUGUACUACUUUGUCACGUUGAACAGGGUAUAAAUUAUCAUUUUUCCAUUAUUCUUCCUUAAUUCGUAUUCGCUGUGUGUACGUAUUUUAGUUAUCAAUCAAAUAUUACGUUGAUCACUGUUUUUAACAAUCGAUAAUUAUUUUUAAUAUAGUAAUCAAUGAAUAAAAUAGAAACAUUUCAUCCUAUUAACGAAUAGACGUACUGCCAGUAUAGUUUUCUGUUAUCACAAAUUUUUCUUAAUAUCAUUUAGUUUUUUACUAUAAAUAAAUAUUAUUUUUUUAUUUUUAUUUGUAUAAAGUUUUGACAAUAAUCUGAAUAUUACGUUAAAUGGAAAAUGAUAAAACAUAUGAUACUGAUUUGAUAAAAAAUUUGUAUGACAUUCGAAAUUGUCGAACUUGUGAUAAAGAAAAUGGUCUCCAUGUGUGUUCAUUAGUAAGAUAUAUACAUAGUCCAACAAAUUUAAGAACUAAGAAUUAAAGAAAUAAUAUGAAAUUAUGGUUUUCAUAUUGAUAAUUCUUCAGUUUUUAUUAAAGACUAAUGGUAUUUUUCAAUUCUUAUAACUCACUACAAUAUGUUAAUACGUCGUCUACAGUCCUGUUAAAAUAAUAUUGUUAUUGUAAUAUAUGUUGAUUUUUUGUGUAAAUUUUGGUAUUUGCAGUCUUGUACUGUUGUUUUAUUCGAAAAUAAAAACAGUUUUUUUUUAUAACCAUGGACUUAAUUUCAAUAUAUUUUUAAUUGUAAUAAAAAUAAAAUUCCUUCCAAUAUUUUAUAAUUAAAACAACCGCAGGCGGUAAAGUACAAGUUAGCGAUACCAUAAGAAAGGCAGGAUCAGAAUUAAAGUUUCAGUAAUGUUGUUACCAUAUCUUGCAAAGAUUUUGGAGAAAGUAAUUUUAAGUUUUUGUUAAACUGUACCAUGUUUAUAAACUUUAAUAUUUAUAGCUAUGUGCUUCCAUACAAGUACUGCUUUUUUUCUAUAUACUAAUGAAUAAGACUGCUAAUAACUUGCAAUUUUUAAUGCAUUUAAGAUAAGUAGUAAGAAAUAUCUGUCGUUCAACAAUUUUGUAUAUGUGUGAAUUAUGAAAUUUCUAGUGUUCUAUAUUUGUAAGAACUUAUACAUAACACGAUUAUUAUGUUAAAACAUAGCGUUAAAGUAAUUUAAUAAACAUUGUAAUAUCUUUACCUGA